GAUGUGUCUACUCCUACUGCUAUUGCCAAUCUAUUCAAUCGCUACUUCACAUCAGUGCUCAACACUGAUCAUGGUAACCUAGAAGAACGUUCCUCUCCACCAUUAUUUCCACCUUCAACGUCAGGACAGUCAGACCUCCAACUAACAAUAGAAGAAGUCGCAAGAACACUCUUAGCGCUGGACACCACCAAGGCUACUGGACCUGACGGAAUACCAUUUCGACUUUUAAAAGAAACUGCGUGGCAGAUUGCACCUUCCCUCACCCAAAUAUUCAACGAAAUACCUGAUGAAUGGAAAUUAGCAAACAUUGUUGCGGUACACGAAAAAGGCCAAGUAGAGAACUAUAGACCUAUCUCCCUUUUUUCCAUAAUAUCGAAAGUACUAGAACGUUGUGUCCUGGAAAUAUACGUGAUCAUUUGCUGCAAUUAGUCAAUUAUAUCCAACAUUGUUUUAUUCUCGGAAAGUCGUGUACAACUCAGCUAUUAGAGAUUCUUGACUAUAUUGGUUCACUUCUGGACGGUGACAAGCAAACUGAUGUAAUCUACAUGGACAUGUCCGAGGCAUUCGACAAAGUCCACCAUAAAUAUCUGAUAAGCAAAUUAAGUAACGUCUAUGGCAUCUCUGGUAAACUCCUUCGCUUGUUUGAGUCGUAUCUGAUAAAUCGCAAGCAACGUGUGACUGUGUUAGGAGCUACAUCCUCCGCGAGACCUGUCCUGUCAGGAGUUCCACAGGGUUCAAUAUUAGGUCCCAUACUGUUUCUGUUGUACGCGAGCGACCUGCCGGAUGCAGUAGAGCACACCAAGAUCGCCUCCUUCGCCGAUGACACGAAAUUAUUUAAGAAAGUUGAUUCAACUUCCAACUUUGGAGAAGUGGUCAACAUCUUCUGGCCUUGUCUUCAACCAAGACAAAUGCAAAUGUCAGCGUGUAACAAGGAAAAAGAAUCCUAUCAAAUACGAAUAUAA